CGAACAUGUAUACGGUGAAAUUGCCUGAUAUUCUAUUAUCCAUACCACGCAAUCCGGUUACGGCGGUUGGCCUACCAUUAAUUGCUGGUCUACUCUCUGGCUCUCCGACGCGUCGAGUUGUUCAAGGACAAUGGUACAAUACUCUCAGAUUUCCGCCAGGACGUCCACCCAGGCAAGCUUUCCCCAUCGUAUGGACGUCACUUUACGUUGCCAUGGGCUACGCGUCUCAUCUAGCGGUGCACGCGUUUGACAUCACCGUUGGUCCAUUGAGAGACAAGCUCUCAAUCGCUCUCGUGUUAUACUAUGGUCAACUGGCGAUGAACUUGUUAUGGACGCCGCUGUUCUUCGUCAAUAAGCAGGCUGGCUUGGCUCUUCUCGAUAGCGCGGCGCUUCUAUGUACAACUGGUUUCAUGACGCGUCUUCUCCACGAAGCGACGGACGGGAAGACGACGUACCUCCUUGCACCUUACUGCGCGUGGCUGUCAUACGCAACGUACUUGAACGGCGGCAUUUGGUGGCUGAAUCGCGGUCAUUCAGCCAGGAAACACGAUUGAAGCCGACCUGCGACUCGAAUGCGGGCAUGGAGUGUACACAGAUGCAUUCAGCGUGCGACUACUUAUAGUACAAUGUUCGACACGAUCAAACUUGCACAUGAAUUCGAGGCAUGACAGGAGAUAAAGGCACAAGCGAUUAUCCACGGGCAGCAGGUGGAACCGAUGGGAUCUUCUGCUAUCUUGUCACGCACGGGGCCGUUGCUUCUUUGCCUGUAUCCGCAGAUGAACGCCAGACUAUAUGACAAUGAACC